AUGGCGGAAAUAAACAAAUCCAAAGGCCUCGACGACCAGUACCAGGAGUUCUUCCACUGGGAGAUAUUUAGCCUAGUCAACAAUGCCAUCGUAUGCACCUUAAUCGGACUCUUGGGGCUGGUGGCCAAUGUGAUCAAUAUGAUGGUCUUUGUUCGACAAGGCUUCAACAGUUCCAUGAACAUCAGCUUCUUCUCCAUGGCUGUUUCAGACAUUGUACGCAUCCUUUCUGUUGAGUGGGCCAAUAUCUGUUUUAAUCCUUAUAUUGAAAAACUGGAAGCAUCUAUUAUGUUUGACUACGUGUUCUAUAUCACAGGCGGCUGGACUGUGGGCUGUGCCUGUCGUAUCACUCUGCACAUCACUCUGUAUGUUACGGUGGAGAGAUGUCUCUGCAUCGUGUUUCCGCUGACCAUAAGAAAAUUUAUCACGAUCACAAGAACCAAGAUAGUUAUCAUCCUCAUUUAUUUCACAAACGCCCUGACAUUGGUGCCCGAGUAUAUGUCUGUCUAUCUGACCUGGCUAUAUGACGUCAAGAGAAAUGCCACAAUACUGGGAGUUGGGUUUAGAAACAAUGGAUUGCAGACGAAAGGAAUCACUUUCAUGCUGCAUGUCUUGUUAAUCGUGAUUGGUCUGUUCUGCAUCGUCGUCAUGACGACAGUGCUGGUGUUGCAGCUUCGACGUCAGAGAAAAUGGCGGUUGAAGAACUCCAGCAACAGCCUUGCUAAAAAUUCUCUGACGUUACGUGAUAGAAGGUCUGCAGUACUGGUCAUUGUCGUGGCCACUUCGGUAGCCAUUUGUUACAUUCCCAUAGCUUCGCUUUCACUGGCCACAGUUUUCGUGCCAGAUUUUUAUGUUGGAGGAAAAUACGUCAAUUUUUUUAGAGACUCUUGGGCUUUAGCGUUUUUAUCUGGCAUAAUUAAUUCAAGUUCCACUAUACUUAUUUAUUACCGAAUGAGUUCAAAAUAUCAAGAGACUUUUCUGAAACUUUUAGGCCGUAAUGUGCAGAAUACAAAAUCUGAUAAAUAG